CACAUAUGUAUGUUGAAGUAUAUUUGUAGUAUAAUUUAAGAAAAAGUAUGUAUACUUAUAUAUUGAGCGGGUCGGGGAGGCACAAGUCAAUUCUAAUACCCAGACUCGCCCCAUUGUAUAGGCGGGGCGGGACGGACCCGCCCCAUUUGCAAGACGGGGCGGGGCGGACCCACCCCAAAUGUCUCGGUCCAGGACGGGUCAUUGCGGGUAGGUGUUUUUUUACAUCCCUACUAGCAACUCAGCUUGCUCUUCGCCAAAUUGAUCUUCCAAUAAAAAAAGAAUUCUGAAAUUAAUGCUUACUCUAAUCUAAAUAAACCCUACCAAAACGGUCAUCCGAUUGAAUUGAUUCACAAUAUACGUGCUCAAUGGAAGCGGCACCCCUGCAAAUUUCGAGGAUGGAAGGACAGAGCUCAGGAUCCGUUGAAGAAAAAACUCCAAAGGGCAUCCCCGGCCCAGGUGACUCAGAAUCCAUGCCAGCCUCUAAAAAGGCGAAAACGGGCAUGGAAGCGGGUACAAAUUCCAACCUAGCGGCCGGAUCCGCGGAUGCAACAAAUUAUAGGAAACGUACUAUUUGGAAUCCAAAAGUAGUGGAACAUCUCCGUGUAUGUCAGGGUGUUUCCUUGCUUAGAUGUGAAGAGGGUGGUCUGUGCACACGCAAUAUGAUUCCUGGUAAAGCUACGUACAAUGGGUACAUAACAUAUGUUCAGGAAGAAGAUGGGACAGUGGUUGAGUACAGACCAUGGAACACAUUCCGUUCCCCGCUGGCAGCUGCUAUUGCCCGUGCACCUGAGGAUAUAUUUGUAGCGCCUGGUUUUAGAGUCCUCUAUCUCGGAGAUGGCGAAGGAGCCAUAGCAACUGUUUCCCAUAUAUCUGAUAUUAUCGGAACCCGGGGAGUGGUGUAUGAAGUGGAAUCCUGUCUGCAAAAUGUUGCGGUGUUGGUGAACAUGGCGGCGAGGAGGGCUAAUGUUACUCCUAUCCUUGAAGAUGCAAGGCAACCUGAAAACUACCAAGCUGCCAUUCUCCGAAAGGUGGAUGUAGUAUACUGUGACAUGAGUUACAUUAGUGAGGAUGAGCAGGUUGCCAUUUUAUCAAAGAAUGUUAGCUUGUACUUGAAAGACGGAGGCUUUUUUCUGUUGACAUAUGAGGCGGGAGACAGAAACAGCUCAUUAUAUGAACGACGUAAGCGCUUACACACGGCGCUGGACGCAGAAAAGCUCUUCGUGAUAAAAGAUAUUUGUCUUGAGCCUCUUAUCCUAAAUGCUGGCCUUCUUUUUGGAGUGUAUAGGAAUGCCUCGUUAAUUUAAGGGUGGUUCUAUACACAGCCACAAAAUUGCUAUCCACCGACGCACAAUAAGAUCGCUGCCUCAAUUCAUUGCUAAUUUGUUAUGAAAUGUAUGGAGCUUCCUCGUUCUGCCAUCAACUGUCUAUGGCACCAUUCUUGCACCUCCUUUUCAUUCAAAUUUGCCUUCUCGAAGGAAUGAAGUAGAGCAGUCAAGUUGUUUGCUUCUUUUGAUCUGCUUCAAAAGCUUGUUUCCAACCUUUGAAUAUGUGUGCUGCCAUCAACGUUGAGAUUCUAAUGCGGCUGGAGGGCAAGUUUGGAAUAACAUUGGAAGAAGACAGAACUAAUGGAAUUUCAGUAGUUAAAAUGAUGCAUGUUUGAUCGAGGAACAUAGAGGAGCAAUUGUUUUCACAAGGCCAAGAUUCUCAUCCCAAUUUCC